GGUUGCAUGUUCUUUGUGUCCUCUUUCUUCUCUCUAAUCUGGUGCUGUUGGGAGGCUCUUAAAUUCAUUCCCCUUUGCUUUGAACAAAGAAUUAAGCGAUGAUCCUCUCUCUUCAACCUUCUCUUCUCUGCAAUCACCCUUCUCCUUCGUUUCCCCUUCUUAACCCACGCUUUCACCGUUUAUGGUGUCCCCUUUCUCUCAAUCCCAAACCCUUUUCCCCUCCAUCGGUUUCCCUCUUUUCCCGAUUACACCCAUUCCCUUUCUCAACCCCUUCUUCCUCGUUCCACCCCGACAAUGUUGCCCCCGAUUCCGAUUUUGAAGAUUCCCGACUUUUGGUUCCGGGUUCCGAUGACCGUUCUGUUGUUCCCGACGGAUUUGAGAAUGUGAGCGAGGGAAUUGAAGUGAAGAGCAUCGAUGGGAGGUCUGAGACUGCGGUGGAGGACAAUGGGCAGCGUGAUGAAUUGGUGGGAAAUGAAGGGUCCAAGAGCAAUACUCCCGCCGUGGUGUUUUUGAUGGGGGUUUGGGCUAUGAUAAAAUCCGGAUGGGACAAAUUCUUGGCUUUGGGUUGGUUCAGUUGGUGGUCGUUUUGGCUUCAGGAGAAGCGGCUUGACCGUUUGAUUGCCGAGGCUGAUGCCAAUCCCAAAGAUGCCUCUAAACAAAGCGCUUUGCUUGCUGAGCUUAAUAAGCGCAGUCCUGAGUCUGUGAUUAAGCGAUUUGAGCAAAGGGAUCAUGCGGUAGACAGCAGAGGCGUUGCUGAAUAUCUUCGAGCGCUGGUAGUCACUAAUGCUAUUGCUGAAUAUCUUCCGGAUGAACAAGCUGGGAAGCCUUCUAGUCUUCCAACUUUGUUGCAAGAAUUAAAGCAGCGUGCAUCCGGGAAUGUGGAUGAGCCCUUUUUAAUCCCCGGAAUUUCUCAGAAGCAACCGUUGCAUGUAGUGAUGGUUGAUCCUAAAGCUUCAAACAAAUCACGAUUUGCCCAAGAGCUUAUUUCGACUUUCUUGUUCACUAUUGCUGUUGGAUUGGUUUGGUUCAUGGGUGCUGCUGCACUUCAGAAGUAUGUAGGAGGCUUGGGUGGAAUAGGAACUUCAGGUGUUGGAUCAAGUUCCACUUAUGCUCCCAAAGAUUCGAACAAAGAAGUGAUGCCUGAGAAGAAUGUCAAAACAUUUAAGGAUGUCAAAGGCUGUGAUGAUGCGAAACAAGAGCUUGAGGAAGUAGUGGAGUACCUUAAAAACCCAUCAAAGUUUACCCGCCUUGGGGGGAAGUUGCCAAAGGGAAUCCUUUUGACUGGAGCACCUGGAACUGGGAAAACUUUGCUGGCCAAGGCUAUUGCUGGGGAAGCUGGUGUACCUUUCUUCUAUAGAGCUGGAUCUGAAUUUGAGGAAAUGUUUGUUGGUGUUGGUGCUCGGCGUGUGAGAUCUCUUUUUCAAGCAGCUAAGAAAAAGGCCCCUUGCAUCAUUUUCAUUGAUGAAAUAGAUGCUGUUGGAUCUACACGAAAACAAUGGGAAGGCCAUACCAAAAAAACACUGCAUCAGCUGCUUGUCGAAAUGGAUGGUUUUGAACAGAAUGAGGGAAUAAUUUUGAUGGGUGCAACAAAUCUACCCGACAUUCUUGAUCCAGCUUUGACUAGACCUGGUAGAUUUGAUAGGCAUAUUGUAGUCCCUAAUCCAGAUGUAAGAGGUCGUCAAGAGAUUUUGGAGCUCUACCUACAGGAUAAACCUUUGUCUGAUGACAUAGAUGUCAAAUCAAUUGCUCGUGGUACUCCUGGACUCAAUGGAGCAGAUCUAGCAAACUUAGUGAAUAUUGCUGCGAUAAAAGGUGCAGUUGAAGGUGCAAAUAAACUGACUGCUGCACAGUUGGAGCAUGCUAAAGAUAGGAUACUCAUGGGUACUGAACGUAAAACAAUGUUUCUAUCGGAAGAGUCAAAGAAGCUCACUGCUUAUCAUGAGAGUGGCCAUGCAAUUGUUGCUUUCAAUACUGAAGGUGCACUUCCGAUCCACAAAGCUACAAUCAUGCCCCGCGGAUCAGCUGUGGGAAUGCUUACCCAGCUGCCAUCAACUGAUGAGACGUCAAUCAGUAAGAAACAAUUAUUAGCUCGUCUUGAUGUUUGUAUGGGAGGAAGAGUUGCGGAAGAGCUCAUCUUCGGUCAGGACCAUAUCACAACCGGUGCAAGUAGUGAUCUGCUUUCAGCAACGGAGCUUGCUCAAUAUAUGGUAUCGAGUUGUGGGAUGAGUGAUGCAAUUGGACCUGUUAAUAUUAAAGAGCGACCAAGUUCAGAAAUGCAAUCUCGCAUCGAUGCUGAAGUUGUAAAGCUUCUAAGAGAAGCAUAUGAUCGUGUGAAAGCCCUGUUAAAGAAGCAAGAGAAGGCAUUGCACGAAUUAGCAGAUGCACUUUUGGAAUACGAAACACUUGACGCAGAAGAAAUAAAGCGCAUUCUCCUCCCACACCGGGGACCAUUUCCGGAACGACAAGAACAACAGGAAGAGGGGGAGCUAGUACUGGCUUAAAACUAGAUAUAACUCGGUAUCCAUACACCUCGAUCAAACUCGACUGUGGGGGAAGCUCUGGACAGUGUAUUUUAAGCAGGCAGAGGUAAUUUAUUAUUUUACAUAAUUUCUUGCAUUUCUUUCCCCCACACCAUAAUCAUGAGAUGUGCUAUGGUAACUGUGGUUAAAGACACAGGAGGCACCCUGAAAUGUACCAUUUGUGAAAUUAUGUAUUGUUUGAUCUUUCGCACCCCGAAUUUCGGGGCCAAAUUUUGGACUCUGUAGGCAUAAACCUUUUCUUUUGGGUACAUUAAAGUUUAGGUCAGGGUGGCUCCUCAAUCCAGAGCGAGGGCCAGAGUAUACCUAAGAUUCAAUUGGACUGUGUAGUCAUAAACUGACGUUUAUGAAAUGUUGUUAUUUUUAAAAUAAUGAAUUUUAUCUUUCGUUUUU